AUGAUGAAACUUCUGUUCAGGACUCUUCCGCAGCUUCCUCGACAGAGAUGGCACAGUGUUCGAACCCUCUCCACAGACGUCCUUGAAAAGCCUCGCGAUGACAAGGAGCGUGUCGUCAUCCUGGGGUCAGGAUGGGGAGGAUACACAAUGUCAAGAAAGCUCUCGCCAAAACGCUUCGCUCCGGUGGUAGUAUCCCCCCGAUCGUACUUUGUCUUCACUCCGCUCCUAACGGACACGGCUGGUGGUGACUUGGACUUCUCCCACAUUGUUGAGCCGGUCCGGGAUCCUAAGAUCAGGGUGGACUUUAUCCAGGCCGCUGCUCGUGCUAUUGAUUUGCAUCGCAAGACGGUGCUGUGUGAGCCGACGAUUGUCAAGAGUGGUGUCACAUUGACCCAUACCGAGGAGGACGAAAAAAGCGAAACGUUUGAGAUCCCGUACGACAAGUUAGUUAUUUCAGUCGGCGCCAUUAGCAGGACUUUCAAGACCCCUGGCGUAAAGGACAACGCCAUCUUCUUCAAGGAUAUUGGCGACUCCCGCCGGGUCCGCCGCCGGGUCCGCGAAUGCUUUGAGCUGGCCACCUUGCCAUCUACCAGCCCUGAGAUGCGCAAGCACCUACUGCAUUUUGCCAUUGUCGGUGCCGGCCCCACUGGAACUGAGCUGGCGGCGGCAUUGCGAGAUUUUAUCACUUCAGACCUCAUCACUUUGUAUCCGACCCUAGAAGGGUUGCCGCGGAUCUCGCUCUAUGAUGUGGCUCCGAAGGUCCUUUCUAUGUUUGACGAGUCGUUAUCACGCUAUGCCCAAGAGACAAUGAAGAAAGAGGGCAUCGAGGUACAAACUUCUCAUCAUAUCCAGGACCUCCGCUGGGGCGCUCCAGGCGCGGAGCCGCCUUACCAGAAGGACCCUCGCGGCUGCCUCACUCUCACCACGAAGGAGGAAGGGCAGAUUGGCGUUGGAAUGUGUGUCUGGGUGACGGGAAAUUCCAUGAACGAGCUCUUGCGCGAUUCGCUUCGCGAUGUUGAGGUAUUUCCGUUCAAUUCAGCUGUGAUGAAGGAUGGAACCGAAGUAUCGAAAGACGCGUCUCAGGGCUCUUGGGCGUACAAAAAGGCUCCUCGGUCCGGUGCACUCCUUGUGGACGGCCAUCUACGCGUACAGUUAGAGAACGACACCGGCGCCACAGCCGUUCUCCAGGAUGUGUUCGCUAUUGGUGACAACGCAAUGCUGGAGGGCGCCUCGCCCCCUGCUACCGCGCAGGUGACUGCUCAGGAAGCCAAAUGGCUGGCAACUCAUCUUAAUCAGCGCGACCUGCAAAGUUCGCCUCCAUUUUCUUUCCGCAAUAUGGGCACGCUCGCGUACAUUGGAAACGAGAAAGCGCUGAUGCAACUGCCAAACGAGGAGCGCGGAUAUCUUCCACAGAAGCUCACAGGGAGGACGGCAUGGCUGGUCUGGAAUUCAGCGUAUUUGACAAUGACCAUUAGCUGGCGCAAUAAGUUGCGAGUAGCGUUUCGUUGGAUGCUGAAUCGGCUGUUUGGACGCGAUAUAUCGCGAUAUUAA